AUGCCUCGUUCUCGCAAAACCUUCAAUCACCGUGAAAACUCUACAACUCACGGCGCUCACACUUCUCGUCCUACAAAUCCUGCAAUAGCCACGCCGCUAGCCAAGAAUAAUUGUGAAAACAAGGUGUGGCAACAGGAGGACAAUGACCAGGAUGUCGACAGGCGGUAUCGCGAAUUCGCAGACUGUUCCGAAUCCUUUAUGAUUGGUGCAAUGCCUGUUGACCAGUUUCUAGAAUUCCUGCCAAGGACUGAUAUGUCUGCUAUGCCGCCUGCUGCAAAGGCAUUCAAAGAUGUGCCGGCAGAAGCUGACCACAGGCAGCAGAUCAUUGAACCAUUGAUAAUUGCGCUCAAUUGCGCCGGACGAGGUGCCGUGAAGUCUCGGCCACGAUGUCCUGGAUUUGUCUUCGUAGACACAACCUCAUUCGGCGUGAAUCGCGGGGAGAUAGGCUCAAUGACCCCCCAUGUCUCCUGCUUCUCCGAAGAGGUCAUUGACAUGGCAAACCUGAAGUCAACAGUCACGAGCUCGCUUGCUUACGCCGACCUGUACAUCGAAGUCCAGCAGCAUCCUGGUCUGGACCCCUUCUCAGAUCCAGCUCCUGGUGAUGGUCGUCCCUCACACCAUUUUUUUCUCAUCACCGACAAUGAAGGAAUUCGAGAACGGGCUGAACAGGGCCUGGGGAGGAACGUUGCAUGCGUGACCGAGGCGUGUGCUCGUCAACAUCGCAGCUGCUACUUCUCUGUCGCGCUGUCUGGAUCGCGCGUCCGGCUUAUCCGCUGGGACCGCGCUGGAGCGAUCGCCUCAGAAUCGGUCGACCUGCACAACAAUGCACGGCCUAUCUGUGAAUUCCUGUGGCGGUACGCCCAUGCCUCGCAGUCGCAGCGUGGACAUGAUCCUACCGUUCAGUCCGUGACCAAGGAGGAGGAGAAGCUUUUCAGCGAAUCAAUCAAACGGCAUGUCGAGUCCCAGCUGGGUUUUAGUGACCAGACAAGUCUGAUUGCCGCCAUGGCAGAACACUACAAGCCGGGAACCGUAGUUGCUGUUGCCAUGGUCAACAACAGUUCUGAAGAGCGCAGACUCCUGGUAUCUCGACCAGUGGUCUCGCCUGUCUCAAUGAUGGGUCGAGGGACAAGGGGUUAUUGGGCUGUGGACGCAGGUAGCCCGACAGGAGCAGUAUUCUUCCUAAAGGACACGUGGCGAUGCAACAACGAAUGUCAAACGGAGGGAGAGAUUUUGGCGGAUUUACAUCGUGCUGGAGUACCUAAUAUUCCGCAGUUGAUCUGUCACGGAGACGUCCUGGAACGACAGCCUCAGUUGAACAUAAAUAAAAUCAAGGUAAAGGAAAAUGGCUGCGUCGAAAGCGGUCAAGCUCACUGGGUGUGCAAGCGUGAACGCGAUCAAACUCUUUAUGAAUGCAAUCGAGCUCCUUUUGAAUGUGACCAAGCUCCUUUGCGCCCUCUCGUGCAUUAUCGACUCGUGUCGGGCACUGUCGGAUAUGGACUCCAACACUUCCAAGGGACACAGGAGCUUCUUUGUGGAACGUUUGACGCAUAUCAAGCGAUCAUGGGCGCCAUGAAUGUCGAAGACCCUGCAAAACGCAGGGUACAUCGCAACGUCAGUCUACAAAAUAUCAUCCUAUUCAGGGAUCCCAACGCAGUAGGCAUGAUACGGCGCGGAUAUCUUAUUGAUUGGAGCCUUUCAUGUUUAGUAACAGCUGAGGGGAGGGCUCGCGAUCCCGCAAACGUGGGCACCUUCCAAUUUAUGUCACAGCGCUCGCUGAGUUGGAAGGAAGAAGCUCAGACGAUCCAGGACGACAUGGAGUCGCUGCUCUGGGUUGUACUGUAUUGCAGCUUGUUGUGGUUAGAUCAUGAUCUGCCACCGCAAGCUCUGUCCAAAGUGGUGGCCGACAUUUUCGACCAACUUGUGAUUCGUUUUGGCGAGGUUAUGGCUGGCGAGGGCAAAAUCUUCAACCAACUCGACCGGCGGUACACAUCCAAAAUUCAUUUUUCGAACCCUACGAUGCAACAAUGGCUGGAUGCGGCGAUGGAUUUCAAUGCGCGGAUGUGGGAUCCUGCGAAACUCAAUGCAUUCUGGCAAGACUUUCUCGACACUCACGAGAUAUCGAACAAUGACAGUCUCACGAACAUUAAUAGCUGUUCAUCGCUGCCCUUCGCCUUCGUCUACUUCAUCUACUUCGUCUACUACGUCGUCCGCGUCCGAGACUACCCGCGACAGAGUCAUCUCACGAGUGUUAACGCCAUCUCGUGUCCGUAG